UCGUCAUGGAGUUAGCCCGCGGCGGCGCCCUGCACCGCGUCUUGGCCGGGGCUGGGGCCGGGGCCGGGGCCGGGGCUGGGGCCCGCCGGGGACGACGAAUCCCCCCGCACGUGCUGGUCAACUGGGCAGUGCAGAUCGCCCAAGGCAUGCGCUACCUCCACGAGCAGGCGGCCGUGCCUGUACUGCACCGUGACCUCAAGUCCAGCAACAUUUUGUUACUGGAGAAGAUAGAGAAUGAUGACAUUUUUAAUAAAACUUUGAAGAUUACAGACUUCGGUCUGGCUAGGGAAUGGCACAAAACCACUAAAAUGAGUGCAGCAGGCACCUAUGCAUGGAUGGCUCCAGAAGUUAUCAAGUGCUCAAUGUUUUCUAAAGGAAGUGAUAUCUGGAGUUAUGGAGUGUUGCUGUGGGAACUGCUUACAGGAGAAGUUCCUUACCGUGGCAUUGAUGGUCUUGCUGUGGCUUAUGGAGUAGCUGUCAAUAAGCUUACUUUGCCCAUUCCAUCCACCUGUCCUGAACCGUUUGCUAAACUAAUGAAAGAAUGUUGGGAGCAAGAUCCUCAUAUUCGACCAUCGUUUGCCUUAAUUCUUGAACAGCUUACUGCCAUUGAAGAGGCAGUUAUGACUGAAAUGCCUCAAGAAUCCUUCCACUCCAUGCAAGAUGACUGGAAAUUAGAAAUACAACAGAUAUUCAAUGAACUGAGGACUAAAGAAAAAGAGCUGCGGUCACGUGAGGAAGAACUGACAAGAGCAGCCCUUCAGCAGAAAUCUCAGGAAGAAUUAUUAAAACGUCGUGAGCAGCAGUUAGUGGAACGGGAGGUUGAUGUCCUGGAGCGUGAGCUGAAAAUUUUGAUAUUCCAGUUAAAUCAAGAGAACCCUAAUGUAAAGAAGAGGAAGGGGAAGUUUAAAAGGAGCCGGUUAAAACUUAAAGAUGGACAUAGAAUUAGCUUGCCUUCAGAUUUCCAGCACAAAAUAACAGUUCAAGCAUCCCCUAAUCUGGAUAAGCGAAGAAGUUUAAACAGUAACAACUCUAGUCCACCAAGCAGCCCUACAAUAAUGCCUCGUCUUCGAGCUAUACAAUUGCUUUCCAAAACAGACACAAAUGCAACUAAUGGCCGAAGAAACAGUGUGUAUGUGUACCAGCAAGAUGUAGAUAUCACAAGUGAAUAUGAGCUUCCCAGUGGGGUUAUGAAAAAAGUAACCUCAGAUGACAGCAAUAGAACUUGGGGAAGAAGUGCAGCUUUUCACCAAGAGGAAUUUGAAGAUGUGAAGAGAAAUUUUAAAAAGAGAGGUUGUACAUGGGGGCCAAGCUCAGUUCAAAUAAAAGAGUGUGCAGAUUGUAAGGAGAGAAUAAGACCCCUCUCUGACGGCAGCAAUCCUUGGUCAACAAUUUUAAUGAAAAAUCAGAAAGGGGUUCCAUUAGCUUCGCUAUUUGCAGAUGAAGGUGUUUGUACAGAUCAGAGACUUUUCCCUGAAGAUUUGGACUGUAAAAGACCAAAGCCAAUUAAGUUGCCAAAUCAGGCAUAUAUUAAUCUACCUCUUUGGAAGGAUGAUCAGGGAGAGAAUGCUGUAGAUCAUGAAAGCUUUGAAGAAGGAACCUCUACUAGUUCUACAAAUAGUACUCCACAAAUGACUCCUACAAACAGUCUUAAUAGAACAUCACAGAAAAAAAAAACCGACUCUGUGUUGUAUGGAUGUGCGGUUCUCCUUGCAUCUGUAGCUUUGGGCUUAGACAUUAGAGAGCUGAACAAAUCGCAGGUUCCAGAUGAACUCAUGCUCAAAGAGGAAAAGAAGAAAUGGGAUGGAAUAUUUCAGCGUGCUUCGAAGUUUCACAGGAGUGCAAGUCCUAUACGAUUGCAGUCCAGAAAGGAGGAAACAAAUAUUCCAUCCCUAAAUCCUUCUGCAAAUACUGUGAACCUUCUCUCUGUCUCUUCCAUUUCCACAAAAUGCUUGCUUCAGUCUGACAGUGAAGAUGCUUUUGUAAGCGUUAUGCCCAGUGAUUGUAACCCAAGCAUUCCCACUGCUGGCUUUUCAUCUGAAAUUCCUGCAAGUAAGAAGGAACAAAGGGUAAAGCUGGUUCUUGACACUGAUACUGCAAUGGUAAAGAAUCCGUCUCCUGUUCAUCCUCUUAAGCAAUCUGAAAAUGUGCCAAAUGUUUCUUCCUCAAAACUGAGGGUGUUGGGUCACCGACGAACUUUGUCAGAAGGAAAUGCUUUCCAGACUACAACUAAUGGAAUACCUUCAGCUAAUGGAGUCUCCAAGUUGUCUACUCUCCCAGUUUUUGGAAUCCUUCGUUCUCCAUCUCCACAAAGAAUCAUACCAAGUGAUAUGUCACCACAAAAACAAACAAACAUCAAUAUUAUAUCCAGACCUCGACCUUCUUCUCUGAGAAGCAAAAUAGAUCCUUGGCAGUUACUUCCACAGAUUAUAAAACCAAACUCUGCAGAGGCAGAUUGUUUAGAGGGUGAUUUAGGCCCACAUGUUAACUUUUUACCAGAUUCUGAGAAGAGAACUAAAGGCCAUAUGCCCUCCUUACUUGAUGUUGAUGUGGAAGGUCAGAACAGAGACUGUACAGUGCCUUUAUGCAGGAUGAAGAGCAAGACUAGUCGGCCAUCUAUAUAUGAACUGGAGAGAGAAUUUCUAUCUUGAGUGCUUUGCUGUUUAAAGUAUUGUGGGUUUUUUUGUUUUUCUUUUUUUUAAGGAGAACAAAAAUUAAAAGUUCCUGUCCAUCUGAUGUUUCAUGCUGCUGUUUUCUGAAACAAUGCGGCCAUUAGUACCAGAAGUUUUGUAAUGAGGAGCAAAUUCUAAAGUAUGUAACAAGGUGCCUAUUUUGCAGUUUUCUUAAAAUGCCAGCUAGUAAUUUCAAAAGCGCAGUGUUGUAAAACUAUUCUGGAUGCAUAUCUAAACACCCAUUGACUAUCUAAAUUAAUUGUAUUCCUUUCCCUCAAAAAUAUCAGGCACACUUUCUCUGCUGAAGUCUAACGUGUGCAUUAAAGAACUCAUUAGCAUGCAGAGGAAUUCUUUCCAAUUUCAAAAAGAGUACUCCUGCAAGCAGAGGAUAUGCAUGCAAAAAUCUCCUUGCAUACUAUAGAGUUUUUUGGUGCCAGUCUAGUAGCAAAUUACGUUUUGGCAUCAAUUUUAUAUUGUGGAAGUAACCAAUACCAGCAACUGAAUUCAAAACGUUUUUUUGCCUUCAUAUUAUUGAUGGAUACAGUGGUUGAGAGCAGUUGAUCCAGCCACUGUCUAAGAAAUUAUGCUGUUUUUGUAAACACUUAAGUUUUAGGCACAACUUUUAACUUUGAGAGGGUUAAUUGAAAGGCUGCAACUUGGUUAAAGGCAUUAGACAUACUUUGUGAGGCAACAUUCCACUUAAGUAAAAAAAAAAAAAAAAAAAAAAAAUUGAAUUUAGAUAUUUGUAAUCAGACUUUUUUUAAAGAUUACAAGGUUUGCACUGAAAAGAAUAUUCCUGAUUUUUUUUUUUUUCCCCUCCCCUAAAAUAAUACCUAGCACUCAGGUACUGCCCCUUUAUGUGGGAAAAACUUUUCUUUUUCUUUUUUUUAAUUAAAAUAAAAAAUGCAUUUAAUUGCAUUUGUUCCUAGCACAAUUGUAAACACUUGUAUUAAAUGUUAGGCUUUAUAAGAAAAAAAUCAUUGCGGCCUUCAGUUUCCCAGUGACAGCCCUGCUUUUCAUGUUGAGGUGUGAAAAGACAAAAGCCUGAUAACACUUGGUUUCUAACUCAGCAAUGCCCAACAGUGUCUUUUUUUUUUUUUUUUUAAAUGUUGUGGAGGAAGGUGCACUUUACCUGCAGAGCUAACACAGUGAUUAAUUUAAAAACAGCUUUCAGUAAAUGCCAAAGAAAGUAUGCAAUAAAGUAUGCAAUGUUCACAGUCUUACAAACAUGCUAUGCAAAAGCAUUGUUAAAAGUUAAGUGUUUUCUUAAAUUCUUAGCUUUAAACUAAUACUCCCUAGUAUCUUGGCAGACUUUGGGUCAUGUGUCCAAUGCAGAAAUAAAAUAACACAGUUGCAAAAUUUCA